CGGUCUGCUGGCACACCGAGAGGCUGCAGCGGCUUCUCCCGGUCCUUCAUCCUUCACAGGUAUCUCUCACCCUCCUUUCCUCACCAGAACAAGUCACCUGGAUUUAAAACAAACAACAACAAAACAACAAAAAACACAACAACAACAACAAAAGGGGGAAAAAAAGAAGAAGAAACAAAAAAAAGCAGUCCUUUCCCCCCCCCCCCCGACGUGCAUGAGAGGGGAAAGGAGAGCAGACACAACAUGGGAGCGUUCAGAGUGCUGCUGGGGAGUUUACACUACAUGGGACUCUACAUGCAACUUAGUGGCUCCGCGCGGCAGCCUGGACCCGGCGAGCUGGAGAACCACAUCUCCGGGAACGCCAUGUUCACAGAGGUGCCUCAUGACAUGACCGCUCAGAGAGGUCAGGACGUGGAGAUGGCGUGCUCCUUCAGAGGGGCGGGGACGCCCUCGUACUCGCUGGAGAUCCAGUGGUGGUACAUCAGGAACCAUCUGGACUGGACGGACAGACAACCCUGGACAACCAAUGAGGUGGCUCCAGAAGAGGAGAUGCCAAAGGAUGCGACAAAGAUAAGUGUGGUGAAGGUCGUAGGAAGCAACAUCUCCCACAAACUCCGCCUCUCCCGGGUCAAGCCGUCGGACGAGGGCACCUACGAGUGCCGCGUCAUCGACUUCAGCGACGACGCGGGCGCCCGCCACCACCGCAUCCGGGCCUACCUGCAGGUGGCGCAGGAGGGCGACGGCGUCAACGGCAACGGCAACUUCGAGGCCCUGGACAACACCAAGGGAGGGGCGCCGUCCGUCGGGGACGCCGGCGAGUCCCACGGCGGCGCCAAAGAGCCCGUCCACGGCCAUCGCCAGAGCCACGGGCACCACCAGGAGCACGGCAAGCGGCCCUCGUCGCCGGCCCACCACGACCACGGCCACAGCCACGGCGGCAGCGGCAGCGGCCAGCAGCACAAGGCGGCGGGCCGGGAGCUGAGGAAGAGGGACGCGGACAGCAACCACGGCCACAAUGACUGCACCAACGAGCCAAGCUGCGCGCCGUAGACGCUCUGGCUCCUGGCGCCGGAGCCAGAGGUCACGCGCGGAUUGCGUACCGCGACGCGUGCCACAGCUUUG